GCGUCCACCGGAAGUGCCCGCGCGCGGGCUGCUCACUUCCGCCCGGCAGGUGACAGCCGCGGGGCUCCGAGCGGCUGGCAGCUUGUACGCACCGUGGAGUCCGGAGGAGAAAACCGCGGACAUUUUGCUGCGAAACCUAACCAAGCCGUGGCGCCGAGUGUCAUUUGGACCUUCGGAAUCCUGCCACGGAUAAAGGACCAAAAUGACUGACUCGAAAUAUUUCACCACAACCAAGAAAGGGGAGAUCUUCGAACUGAAGGCAGAACUCAACAGUGACAAGAAGGAAAAGAAGAAGGAGGCAGUAAAGAAAGUGAUUGCAUCAAUGACCGUAGGCAAAGAUGUCAGUGCCCUCUUCCCUGAUGUGGUGAACUGCAUGCAGACAGACAACCUGGAGCUGAAGAAGCUGGUAUACCUGUACUUGAUGAACUAUGCCAAGAGUCAGCCUGACAUGGCCAUUAUGGCCGUCAACACCUUUGUGAAGGACUGCGAAGACCCCAACCCCCUCAUUCGGGCCCUAGCUGUGCGGACUAUGGGUUGCAUCCGAGUUGACAAGAUCACAGAGUACCUGUGUGAGCCGCUCCGGAAGUGCCUGAAGGAUGAGGACCCAUAUGUGCGCAAAACGGCAGCAGUGUGUGUAGCCAAACUCCAUGACAUCAAUGCCCAACUGGUGGAGGAUCAGGGCUUCCUGGACACCCUUAAAGACCUUAUCUCCGACUCCAACCCCAUGGUUGUAGCAAAUGCAGUGGCUGCCCUCUCAGAGAUCGCUGAGUCUCACCCCAGUAGCAAUCUGCUUGACCUGAACCCACAGUCCAUCAACAAGCUGCUGACAGCCCUAAAUGAGUGCACCGAGUGGGGCCAGAUCUUCAUUCUGGAUUGCCUAGCUAACUACACACCCAAGGACGACCGUGAGGCCCAGAGCAUCUGUGAGCGAGUCACACCCAGGCUUUCCCAUGCCAACUCUGCUGUGGUGCUAUCUGCUGUGAAGGUGCUGAUGAAGUUCAUGGAGAUGUUGUCCAAGGACCUGGACUACUAUGGCACAUUGCUGAAAAAGCUGGCUCCACCUCUGGUCACACUGCUGUCAGCUGAGCCAGAGCUGCAGUAUGUGGCCCUGCGAAACAUUAAUCUUAUCGUGCAGAAAAGGCCUGAGAUCCUGAAGCACGAGAUGAAGGUAUUCUUUGUGAAGUACAAUGAUCCCAUCUAUGUGAAGCUGGAAAAGCUAGACAUCAUGAUCCGCCUGGCUUCCCAGGCCAACAUUGCCCAGGUGUUGGCGGAGCUGAAAGAGUAUGCAACAGAAGUGGAUGUGGAUUUUGUAAGGAAAGCUGUGCGUGCCAUUGGCCGCUGUGCCAUCAAGGUGGAGCAAUCUGCAGAGCGCUGUGUGAGCACACUGCUUGAUCUCAUCCAGACCAAGGUCAACUAUGUGGUCCAGGAAGCCAUUGUGGUCAUUAAGGACAUUUUCCGCAAGUACCCCAACAAGUAUGAGAGCGUGAUUGCCACACUGUGUGAGAAUCUCGAUUCCCUGGAUGAACCUGAGGCCCGGGCUGCCAUGAUCUGGAUUGUGGGCGAGUAUGCUGAGCGGAUUGACAAUGCAGAUGAGCUGCUGGAGAGUUUCCUUGAGGGCUUCCAUGAUGAAAGCACCCAGGUACAGCUACAACUGCUGACAGCCAUUGUGAAGCUGUUUCUGAAGAAGCCAACAGAGACCCAGGAACUGGUGCAGCAGGUCCUCAGUUUGGCCACUCAGGACUCAGACAACCCAGACCUGCGGGAUCGUGGCUACAUCUACUGGCGCCUGCUCUCCACCGACCCUGUGGCUGCCAAGGAGGUAGUGCUGGCUGAGAAGCCACUCAUCUCUGAAGAGACAGACCUCAUUGAGCCUACACUUCUGGAUGAGCUUAUCUGCUACAUAGGCACCCUGGCUUCUGUAUAUCAUAAGCCACCCAGCGCCUUUGUGGAGGGAGGCCGGGGCGUGGUGCACAAGAGCCUGCCACCCCGUACAGCCUCGAACGAAAGCACAGAGAGCCCUGAAACAGCCCCUGCUGGAGCCCCCACUGCUGAACAACCAGAUGUCAUCCCCACCCAGGGCGACCUGCUGGGAGACCUCCUCAACCUGGACCUUGGGCCCCCAGUGAGCGGCCCACCCUUAACCACCUCCUCAGUGCAAAUGGGAGCUGUGGACCUUCUUGGAGGUGGCCUUGACAGUCUGAUGGGGGAUGAGCCUGAAGGGAUUGGGGAUACCAACUUUGGGGCACCCCCACCAGCAGCACCUGCCAGACUAGGAGCACCCAUUGGCAGUGGCCUGAGUGACCUCUUUGACCUGACUAGUGGUGUGGGCACCCUAUCAGGAUCCUAUGUGCCACCCAAAGCAGUCUGGCUCCCAGCCAUGAAGGCCAAAGGGCUGGAAAUCUCGGGUACCUUUAUGCGCCAAGUGGGCUCCAUCUCCAUGGAUCUGCAGUUGACCAACAAGGCAUUGCAGGUUAUGACAGACUUUGCCAUCCAGUUCAACCGCAACAGCUUUGGCCUGGCCCCCGCCGCCCCCCUCCAGGUGCAUGCACCACUCAGCCCCAACCAGACUGUGGAGAUCUCCCUGCCUCUCAACACAGUGGGUUCAGUCAUGAAGAUGGAUCCCCUCAACAAUCUCCAGGUGGCUGUGAAGAACAACAUUGACAUCUUCUACUUCAGCACUUUGUAUCCACUGCAUAUCCUCUUUGUGGAGGAUGGGAAGAUGGACCGACAGAUGUUCCUGGCCACAUGGAAAGAUAUUCCUAAUGAGAAUGAAGCCCAGUUUCAGAUCAGAGACUGCUCUCUCAAUGCGGAGGCUGUGAGCACCAAGCUCCAGAACAGCAACAUCUUCACCAUUGCCAAGAGGAAUGUGGAGGGCCAGGACAUGCUCUACCAGUCCCUGAAACUGACUAAUGGCAUCUGGGUACUGGCAGAGCUACGAAUCCAACCAGGCAGUCCCAGCUUCACGCUGUCCCUGAAGUGUCGAGCACCAGAGGUGUCCCAGCACGUGUACCAGGCCUACGAGACCAUCCUCAAGAACUGAGGCCCAUCCUUCACCCUCCCCAGCCUUCUCCUAACCCCACCGAGGAGCCCUGAUGGGAGGGGCUGGGUCCCCUGGCCACCCAAAGGACUCUGUUCCUGACUGCAGGGGACUCAGAACCAGGUGGCACACCUUUCUGGGAUGAAAUAUCAAUCACCCCAUACUCCGGUUGCCCCUUUUUCAUUGCUGCUGCUAUGUGGGUCACGUGAGGAGGGGACCAAAAGAAACACUCAGAGCAGCAGCAGGAGCUGGAUAGGAGGCCACAGGGUUCUCUGCCUUUUCCCUGCGCUUAGAGUUGAACGUGGCAUUCUCUGCCCUAACUCUGAGAUGCGUGUUAAAGGUCUCCCCACUGCUACCUUCAAUGGGAUGGGCCUUGGCAGUCUGUCUGGAUGUGUGGGGAAGGUCUCUGGGUUCCAGUAGAGCCUUUGACAGAGAGGAGCUCUAGAGGCCAUAGAUCCCAAUAGGGCAGACCUGAGCCAAGAGCAGCCCUGGACCCCCCACCCCACAUCACUCAUUGGUGCCCUGCAAGCACCUGCUUGGUCAAGACCAAGCAGAAAGCCCAAGGGUACCAGCCCCCCAUCCACUCCCUUGAGGAUGGUUACUGCUCAUGAUACAUUCCUCGACAACAUCUCAGCCAGCCCAGGGCACCUAGAACAGAGACAGGGUUGAGGGAUGGGGUGCUGGCCAGGCAGUGUGCUACCUGUGUGUGUUUCUGUGGGGUUUCUCCAGUGUCCGCUGCCCUUUCCCUUGGCUCCCCAGUCUCAGUUGUGUCUGACAGCUGUUAGGGUUUCCCGUUACUGCUGUUUGAUAAUAAAGAGAUUCUGCUUUUGGCA